AUGUCUGGCCCGAAGCGAAAACCAUCACGUCCCGCUCACCACUCCAACAAUUCCGCCAGUGCAUUCGUCAAUCCAUGGCCAUCCGCAGCGACGCCGACCUGGGCGGAACUCUUUCAAUCGUCCUUCCCGCUUGGAUGGUACACCGAUGACCUCAGUGGCCACAAGAACGCCCGACAACUCAAUGUCAUCAUCCCAGACUGGGGCAAGGCGGACCUGGACAAGAAGAAGCUUGAGAAGGCCAGCUGUGUAAUCGGAACAUGGUUAGGUCAUGCCAGCGCCCUGGUGGAGCUCCCGCCUCUCGACAACCCUGAGUACCGGAGCACAUGGCUUCUAUUUGAUCCUAUCUUUUCUAUGCGAGCAGGGCCGACCCCGAAUAGCGGUGUCACCCGGUUCAAGAAAGCUCCUUGUCAGCCCGAGGAUCUGCCAGGUUGCGAUGCAGUUUUUAUUUCUCACAAUCAUUACGACCACCUGGAUGCUGCAUCAAUCCAGGCAAUUCUCAAGGAAUUUCCUCGGGCCAAGUUUUUUGUCGGACUUGGCCUCAAACAAUGGAUGUCAUCCAUGGGAGUCCCGGAUGCACAAACCUGUGAGAUGGAUUGGUGGCAGAAUCGCGAGUACAGUCUGGAAGACUUCGGUGUCCAACCAGAACCAGCGUCGACCGAGCAAGUCAUCUUCAGAUUCUCAUGUGUGCCCGCUCAGCAUAAUUCUGCCCGGAGUCCUGUAGACUCGGGACGUACGCUCUGGUGUGGUUGGGUGAUCGAGCGCUUUCUUCGCUCACAGGAUGAAUCAAGUGAAUCUACAGCGACCAGACGAGGCGUUAUCUAUCAUGCCGGAGACACAGGCUAUCGGAGGACGUCGAGAUCCGACGUUGUUUGUCCGGUCUUUAAAGAGAUUGGGGACAAAUUCGGCCCUAUCGAUCUCUCAUUCAUUCCCAUAUGGCGCGGUGGAACUCUCGGUUUCUUUUCGUACAUGGGGCUUCGACUAUCGCAUCACGACAUCCCUGCGUCCGUCCAUGCUUCUCCAGCAGAUGCUGUCGCGAUACAUGUCGAUGUUCAAUCACGGAACAGCAUUGGAGUCCAUUGGGGAACAUUUGUUGGUUCGGCCAACGAAUCUUACGAAGCUAUGAUUGAGUUUGCCGAAGCGUGCGAGACUCGGGCUGUUGAUCGCUUGGACGCCGAAAGCAGCGGUAACAACGGCCGUGCAGGGUUAUUAGACAUUGGCGCCAGUCUCGCCGCACGAAUAUUCUGA